AUGUCACUAAUAGAAGCCCAGCGGCAACUUCUAGAAGAAAAUGAUGCAUUGGAAGUCUCUGUGGCUCGAAGGUUUCGUAAGAACCCGGUCUUGGCCCUGAAGUGCUCAGUGGACCAGUCCCAUCAGCUAUCCACCAAGAAGAAGCGUUCUCAUAAGGAGAUGCUACUACUGGAACACGAACUUAAGUUCUUUGAAGAUACAUAUAAACAGAAUAAUAGCCGUCUUCGAGAACAGCUCAAGUCGAAAAGCGACCUACUAAAGGAUAUCCAGGCGUUCAAGGACCCAGAUAUGAAGUUCUACCUGUUCCUCGAUGCCAUGAAAGACCUCAACGACAAAAGACCCGAUAAGCUUGAGUCCGCUAAGAAUGCUCUUGCGUUUACGCUACCGUACCUGAGUGUCCCGGCUGACGAGAAAAGACCAGAUUCGAAUAAGGUCAAGAGGAAACAACUUCUUUCCAGUAUGGGAGCUCAUCUUGGCCAGCAGCUUGGACUAGUGCUUAAUGAUGUGGAGCUGUUUGGCCAGUAUCUCGACAUGUCGUAUUUUUUUGACCAGUAUAAGCUUUUGGUGCCUUCGAAGGAUACGUAUGUGGAUUACCUUAGGAAGUUUGCCGACUUUCCGUAUAAGACUAGUUCGUCUGACGAGUAUAAGCGGUACUUGGCGCAGCUACAUAAGUACUUGUUGAAGUUUUAUGAGGAAACUCAUCCACUUGAGGAUAUGCUGGAGUUGCUCAAAGACUCUGAAAGCAGAGAAACCGUGGAGGAAGGUAAACCGAACGAUAAAGGUGAAGUCUACUGUAAAGCAUGCGAUAAGCUCUUCACCAAGGAAUCCGUCUACAAGGGCCAUUUGGCCGGGAAAAAGCAUAUCAAGAACGAAAAGGCGCUUAAUGGUGACAAGGGUUCUACGAAAAAAGACACGGGUGCGUCGUUGGAAAGAGAUGUAUCCAAACUAGCUGCUCUGCUCAAACCUACAGUUGACGCAACCAUAGACCACAUUGAAAGACGAGCAGCAGCCUCGGAGCGUGAACGCAUGAUAGAAGACAAGGCACUUGCAGAAGAAGAAUCCGAAUUCACAGCCACAGAUACAGAUACCAGUGACAAGUCAGACAGCGAAGAUGACGAGGAUGAUGAUCUACUUUCCAAGCAUCUUCCUCUUGGUACAGACGGCACGCCUAUUCCUCUUUGGCUCUAUAAACUCCAAGGACUCCAUCGCAGCUAUAAUUGUGAGAUCUGUGGUAACGUCAAGUACAAAGGCCGUCAGCAGUACGAUAAGCAUUUCCAGCUGUCCAAGCAUAUCUAUGGACUCCAGUGUCUUGGAGUGGAUGACGAUGCGAUGGUGAGCUUUGCGGGUAUUUCCAGCAUAGAUGAAGCCAACGAGCUCUGGCAGAGUCUUAAAAAGGCCAAGAGGAACACAGAACAAACGAUAGAAAACGCCAUUGAGGUGGAAGACGAAGAAGGUAAUGUGAUGCCAGAAAAAGACUACCUUGAGCUCAAAAAGCAAGGUCUUCUCUGA